AUGUCAAAGGUCCGAAUUCCAACGGUAAGGUACUCGGAGCCUAUAGACUAUACACGCAAUGGUACGGAGAAUUGGACCUCCAAGCAAAAAUAUGAGAAUAAUACCUUCAUUGACUGGAUGAAAGAGUCCAGUGCUGGAUGGCAGGAUAAUGCUCCAUCCAAAAAGUGGUUGGUUUUGGUGGUCACCUCCAUCAUUGUGGGAUACAUCACGAUUUUUAUUGACUUACUAUCAGUCUGGCUCAAUGACUUGAAAAAAGGCUUAUGUUUUUCCAAACUAGACAAGUGGUCUCUUCUAAAUCCGUACCUGACAUGUCCAGCAGACGAUUGGUAUGACUGGCUGCGAGUAUUUUCGGGCCACGACGGAUUCUUCUCCAAUUUCUUAUUCAAUCUUCCGAUUUACCUUAUUUUCGUCUGUGCAUUCGUUGUUGCAGCGGGGUAUAUCACAUCCACAAGGGCUCCUUUAGUUAAGCAAUCUGGAAUUCCAGAAAUGAAACUUAUUAUCCUUGGAUUCAACUACUACAUGGAUACAUACUUGGGUGCAUCCUCAUUGGUAUACAAGGUUUUGGGACUUAUUUUGGUGGUCAGCUCGGGAGUUUGGCUAGGCAAAGAAGGACCAUUGGUUCAUAUCUCUUGUUGCAUGUUGACCAUAUGUUUUAGAUACAUUUAUGGCAACACAAUCACGGAGGGUUUGCGAAGAGAACUUCUCAGUGCUGCAACGGCUACAGGAAUAGCCGUGGCAUUCAACUCCCCAAUAGGCGGAGUCUUAUUUGCUGUUGAGAUGCUUCCGUCAUACUUCACUCCUACAAGAAUAAUGUGGAAUUCGUUCGUCUGUGCUACUAUUGCCCUCAUUACAUUAUCUGGAGUUAGACUCUUCACAGAAGGUAAACAUUUUCACGAGGAGGUGCUCUUCGAAGUUCUGUUUGGUAAUUUCAGUUGGCUCUUUAUGGAGACUAUUCCAUUUAUUUUUUUGGGACUUCUUGGUGGAUUUUACGGCUUCUCCUUUACCAAAGUGUACUUGCAUUUCUCCGACGUUCAGUUCAAAUCCAGAAUCCGCAGCAGAUUGUCAGCUCUUUUCAAAGUCGAUGAAUCCAAGGGUAAAUACUUCGAACUUCUCCUUAUGGCCAUUGUCACUGCUGUUCUCACUUUUAUGUUGCCACUUACAAAGUUGCCUCUUAGUGCAUUUAUGAGAUUACUUUUCACAGACUGUCCAGAAAAAUCCUCUACUGUUGAGACAAAUUCAACUAACUUCAUGUGUCACCCCUCAUCGUUCUCGACAGUUCUAAAGUUGGGCUACAUUGUCAUACAGGGAUUCUUUCUCUCGGCUUAUGCAUAUGGCCUCCAUAUUCCUGGUGGUAUUUUGAUGCCUUCGUUGGUAUUGGGAGGUGCAGCUGGUAGAAUUGUGGGUAUCAUCAGUUUGGCAAUACAGAACAGCAUCGAUGCUGAAUACCUAUCAACGUGUACGGCAAAAUCGUGUGUUGUGUCGCCAUCAUCUUAUGCGGUAGUUGGGGCAGCUUCAUUUGUAACAGGAAUUACAAAACUAGCCCUUUCUGUUGUGGUGGUCAUGUUUGAAUUGACUGGAGCAGUCACUUAUGUUUUGCCGAUCAUGAUUGCCGUCAUGACCUCAAAAUUCUUCAAUGAUUGGCUCUGUGACCAAAACAUUUAUGAUGCAUGGCUCAACAACGAGUUCAACGUGCCAGGAUACUCUCCCUUGCACGAAGUCAAUUGCAAUAAAGGCAAUGGCAUUUGUAAUUUUGCCAACUUAUCGAGUCGCUUCAAGAGCAUGUUGCCUGAUGUUGCAGUAUCUCAGGCCAUGAUUCCAUUGGUUAGAACUAGACAUCUUGUCGUAUUUCCAGAAGAGCCAUAUUCAGUCAGCGCACUUCACUCAUUUCUUGCGGACGAUUGUCACGAGGGUUAUCCUUUGAUUGCUAGUGAAACCAAUCCAGUUAGUUUGGGAUACGUCUUCAAGAACGACGUUUAUAAACAACUUCAGCGUGUUGUUGGAAAUGUGCAAACUUCUUCCCAGCUCGUUUGUUUCGAGACAAAAGUUCCUAAGUAUCUCGAAAACACCAAAGCAGAAUUCGAAGAAGAGUUGAGCAACCGAUUUGCUAAUGUGAGUUUGGUUCCAAUCGAAGCGGAACCGGCAACGCUUUUGGUACGAGACAAUAGUUCGCUCAAGAACGUUAUCGAGGUAUUUGAGAGACUUCACUUGAAUUACCUCGUCCUACUACAUCGCAAAAACAACAAUGAAAUGAGUGGAUUCAUUGAUCGUUUCAUUCUCCUGCGGCUCAUUAAUCUGAAAUUUGCUGAGCUCAAUAAGGACGCUGACCUAGAGGGUAUGAUCGCACAUGAGUUCGACGUAACUUAUGACGACUUUGACGACACCACAACAAUGAGGAGACAACGUGAGAGCAUUGAGCUCAUUACAUAG